AUGACAGGCUGCAUGUUUUUGCGCUCGCCACUGUACACGCCAGCCAAACAUAACCCCCACAAGCUUCAACUACUAGCGGAAGCAGAUCUAGCGCUGGUGGAAGGAGCGGACGCGAGGCUGCUCGAGAUCGAAGCACUCGCAGAUACCGAGCCGGAGACCGAGGCAGCGCUGCUCGAGGCAGAGCCUGAUGCGGCACUACUACUAGUAGAGGCACAGGCCGACGCAGCGCUGCUGGACGCAGAUGGAGACGCCUCACUGCUGGAGCCGGAGACGGACCCAGAAACGGAGGCAGACACGGAAGGAGAUAUCGAGGACACGGCGCUCGCACUGGAGAGCACGGAGGCAGAUGCGGACGCCGCGGAGGACGACACCGCCGAAGACACCGCCGACGACGCCGCGCUCGACUGCGCAGUCACGCUGGUCGCGGCGGAGACGACGGCCGCGAGCGCGGCGAACCUCGGGGACAGACGCAGGCGCAUCCUUCCCUUUGCGAGAGAGAAGUUCAGGGAGUGUGAGGUCCCUCUUAAAUAG